AUGGAGCAUCGUGCGCUCCCCCACCACUCUCCCGCGUUAUGCCGCUACCUCAACGAACCAGCUUGUCUGUACGGUCGACUACAAGCAGCCAACGGUUCUGAUCGCGAUCAACACUACGUCGAUUCCCAUAAACCUCAGCUACGCACCGUCCAAGAGGAUGUCUCCCGUCGAGAACCAAGCCAAGCCAGUCACUUUCCCUUCCUCUGUGUCUUCCACUUCGCCGGCUGCGAUCAGAAGUUCUCAAACAAACGAGACUGGAAGGAUCAUGUGGUGUCUCAGCAUUUGACGCUCGAUCGCGUGUUUUGGGAGUGUAAUCAGGGCCGUUGCAAGCACACCAAACGCACUCGGCAAUCGAAAACCUUACUAUCUGAAGACCAUGACGGUACACUCUUCGCUAAUAAGCACGAUUUCCGAACGCACCUGAUCAGGUGGCACCGGCCGACCGAACCGCGCGAUAAAAAAAAAGAUGGUGAUAAAGUUCUCGAUAAAGAGGUGCAAUGGCUUCUAGGUCGUCAAGACUCGUCGAUGCGAAUGACGUGUGGUCUGCCUCAAGACCUCGGCUGUCCCAUGCCCCAAUGUGCCUCAGUCCGAUUCACCGGUCCUACGGCGUGGGAUCAACGCCUUAACCAUGCUGCUGAACACUUUCUUACCAGUCCACAACGUAUAGACGUAUUUGGAGGCGAGCAAGAUGCAGAGCUUGUACAGUGGGCAGCCAGUGGUGAGGUCGGCAUCCAUAAAAUUACGCUGAAUUCUCGCCUUGAACAGCAUAACUGCGGCAAGUCGGUCGCAGACAGCGGUUAUAGCAGCAUGCCUGGCAUGCCCCGACAUCAGAAUAUGUCACAGCACGGCGAUUCGUCCCCAGUGGUUCCCUCCGAGAUCCCAGAGUGCAGCGAUGCCACAUUCUUCGAUCACAGCACGGAGGCAUUAUACAUGGGUGCUGGAUCUGCUAGUAUCGGAGGCUGGGCCCGACUUCCCAAAUAUCUGGAGCCUAUAUUUGACCAUGAAACCAGUCCUUCGGCAAGCCAGUCGUUCCAGCAACCUUUCUCCCAAUACGAGCCUGCAGAAGAUGAGGGGACAGCCGGGACAUCCCAGGGCUCAAGCAUCGCCGACAGAAUGCCACCAGUCAAUGCAGCUACUGCAGCUGCCAGAAACUGGUUCCACGGAUGGCUAAGAGAAUGGCUUUCACCUUUAAUACGAGAGAGACCUAGUGGAAACAGCAACUGUCAGAGUACCAAUUCCGCCUCAACAUCUCAGACUCGAGACUCUAGCUCUAGCUCAAGCCCCAAUACGGACAAGCAGACACAGACAACGAAUCAACCUCGCCGUGUCUCCAAGCGCAAGCGCGACAAUGGCGACGAUGGCGAUGACAAUGAGAAGCGCCCCAAAUCUCGACGUGUCCGGAACACUUCAGUAGUCCCGAGGCUAGCAUGUCCAUACUUCAAGCGGAAUCCUCACAAGUACGGCCAACCCAGCUGGAAGGCGUGUGCACAUCCUGGCUUUGAAAGUAUACAUCGAAUGAAGGAGCAUCUGUAUCGCAAUCACUCGCCGCCCAAAUACCAAUGUCGACGCUGUAGCUCGGACCUCAAGACCGCUGGAGCUCUUGGAACGCAUUCAAAGCAGAUCCCGGCGUGUGACCCCUGCACCAGUACCCAAGAUCAAGACAUAUUGGACGAUGAUACCCUCGAGCGACUGAGGAGCAAAAAGGGAAUGGGCCAGAAAAAGUCCGAAUCAGAGAAGUGGACAGAGGUUUACAAAAUUGUGUUUCCAAAUGACCGGGUACCCAGUCCCUAUUUCGAGGACACUGAGCAGGACAAGAAUACUAGGGGUUUCAAUCUCUGCCAGGGAUUUGGUCGCUAUCUCGAAGCCGAGUUGCCACCGCAGAUGGAAAAAGACUUGACGACGGUUGAAUGGCCAUUGCCCGAGCCGAUACAGCAAGACAUUGUACAACGGGCAAAACGGCUCGUACCUCAACUACUCGGUUCAUACUUGAAGGAGAUGGGGUAUGUUACGAGUGAUGAGAGCGAGCAGCUGGAAAAUGCAUCUGCGGCAACAGGGAAUAAUGCUGAUGAUCUAUCGACGGCGCUCCAGCAAGACAGCAGCUCUGAAUAUCCGACGACAACGCUGCCGAAAGGAAGCACCUCAGAAGAGGCUAUGUCCAUGUUUCCGACAGACGACGGCUCUGAAGAAUUGACGACGAUGCCUCAAGUCGAAUACGAUACCGCAGACUCGGCCAUGUUUCAGUAUGGGGAUUUCUCUGGACAGGGUACGAUGGUUCCAACUUCUCAGAUGAUGCCACCGUUCUUUGCGCCGCCAAGUCAGGAUUGGCAGGUAAUUUAUUCGCAGUUUGGCUAUGACCCAAAUCUUGAUUCAGGGUUUGGCGGCAUGAGUACUUCUUGA